AUGUCUAACUUUACGGUAAGUGGAUUAAAUGAAGAGCAAGUAUCAAGAAAGAGACAAAUCAACCAACAAAAUGAUGAACAAGAGAGAGAUCAAGUGUUUGUUAGUAAAGUUAGUAGAGUAUUGCAAAGUACUACUACUACUACUACUACUACUACUACUACUACUACUACUACUACUACUACUACUACUACUACUACUACUACUGGCAUUACUACUACUACUACUACUAUUAUUCGAAUUUUUAGUAUAUAA